CGGACGUCGGUUCAGUGCCGUCUACGGCGGCCAUCCAGGAGGAGAGCACCUCAUCCCGCGGCUUCAGUGCGCCGCCCUUCCCAUUGCACCCGUCCUGACUGCGUCACUGCGACAGCGGUCUUCCGCCAGAGUUCAGCCGGGCUUCGCUCGCAGCCGCUGCCAUGCCGCCCUCCUGCCUCGCGCUGCUAUGCGCUGUGCUGCUGGCCGUGAUCGCCGGCGGCCAGGGCCAGCACGGGCGACUCGGCCGCCUGAUCUUCACGCCCAGCCGAACGGACGGGUUCGAGCCUAGCCGGCCGCGGAACUUUUCACCGGCGCGCCGCGCCAAGGUGCUGCCGCUCGACAUCCAGCCGUCUGCGCCCGGGCGAGGCGUGCACGACUUCUUCACCGCUGAGACCGCCCCUGACUCGCACGGAAGCAUCCGCACCGAGGGCACGAAGUCGCGCGUGGAUGCCUACCUGCGCGCCCUGCGCCGCCGCUUCGGCGUCAUCGACCCCCGGGGUCAGCGGGUCGUCUCAGGCGGCCGGCAGGGCCGAGCCCGACGGCUGGACUCGGCCCACGCGCUCGGCGGUGUGCAGCUCACGACCGGCAAAGCCCCCGGGGCGAAGAAGGACGAGGGCGAGGACAGCGAGCGGGAGGACCGCGGCAUCCUCUUCUUCCCCGGCAACGUCAUCCACUCGUUCGAUCUUCCGCCCAGCCCAGCAGGGAACGUGGUAUUGGUGUCACACCCGCUGGCCGGCGUCCACACUCGACUCAACGGCGGGGGCAUAUCGACCCCGAUCCGCUCCCUUCUGGACACCAGCGGCUCCGGUGUGACCGUGACCCAAGCCCAGGUCAACGGCGGCGCGGGCCAGAUAAAGGGCGGCACGGGCCAGGCUCACGGCGGCGCGGGGCAGGCCAAAAGCGGCCUCUCGGAGCGCCUGAAGCCGCCGCCGGCCGGCGGACCCACCGGGCCGGCACCAGUGUCCGUCGGGCCACCGCCGGUGUCCGCCGAGCCGCCACUGUUCCCUGGCAGUCGUGGCAGCGGCGGACCCCACCGCCGGCCUCAGUCGCCUCGUCACCGACCCAUCAUCUUCCCCGGAGCCACCACCAGCCGGCCGAGGCCGACGGCGGCUCCGACGAAGGUUGGCGAUACUAUUCUGGCGCAGGGCCUGCUCCCGCCCGCGUUUCCGCCGAAGCCGUCCGUCACCACACUGGGCUCCCUCGGCGGCUCCUCGGCACGUCCCCUGAGGACCCCGACUCGUCCUCUGAGGACCCCGGCUCGUCCUCUGAGGACCUCGUCCUCCCGGCUGCCGCCGCGAGCCGACCGGCGACCAGCGGCGACCAGCGGUCACUUGCAGGGCUUCGGCGUUCGCACAGAAGCGCUCUUCAUCCCGGCGGGCGCCGGCGGCACCGGAGCUUCGCCCGUCUGCCGCCAGGAGCACAACUGCCGGGAGGCGGCUGAGCUCGAGCGCUGCCGCGGCGAUGGAGACUGCGCCGGCCUCGGCCUGUGCUGCUACAGCCGCUGCGCAGGAACGUCGGUCUGCCAGAGGCUGGACGGCGGCGGCCUGGCGGCGCGGUCGCUACUGCCCUGAGCCGCCAGGCGGGAGCCCCGUCGAGGCGCGGCACGAUCAGGUGCGCGGUGCUGGCCGCGGAUCAGCCCCAGCGCGGCGAGGGUGUCGGCAUUUGCGGCGGCGCGACGCGUCCUCGCCCGGAUAACGAUCAGUGGCUGUGUAUCAACAAAGACCACGCGCGGCGGACGCGGCA